AUGUCCUAUUUAUCAUCUAGAAUUAUAAUAAUAAACUUAUGCAAGAAUCAGACUUUGUCUGGUAAAACGUGUGCUGGAAUUCACCAGAAUUCCAUUGCUGGAAUUCACCAGGAUUCUGAUGCUGAAAUUCACCAGGAUUCCGUUGCUGAAAUUCACCAGGAUUCUGAUGCUGAAAUUCACCAGGAUUCCGUUGCUGGAAUUCACCAGGAUUCUGAUGUAGGAAUUUGCCAGGAUUUGGAUGCUGGAAUUCACCAGGAUUCAGAUGCUGGAAUUCACCAGGAUUCCGAUGCUGGAAUUCACCAGGAUUCCGAUGCUGGAAUUCACCAGGAUUCUGAUGCUGGAAUAUACCAGUAUUCUGAUGCUGGAAUUCACCAGGAUUCUGAUGCUGGAAUUCACCAGGAUUCUGCUACUGGAAUUCACCAGGAUUCUGAUGCCGGAAUUCACCAGGAUUCUGCUACUGGAAUUCACCAGGAUUCUGCUACUGGAAUUCACCAGGAUUCCGAUGCUGGAAUUCACCAGGAUUCUGAUGAUUCUGAUGCUGGAAGUCGCCAGGAUUCUGAUGCUGGAAUUCACCAGGAUUCUGAUGCUGGAAUUCACCAGGAUUCUGAUGCUGGAAUUCACCAGGAUUCUGAUGCUGGAAUUUGCCAGGAUUCUGAUGUUGGAAUUCACCAGGAUUCCGAUGCUGGAAUAUACCAGGAUUCUGAUGCUGGAAUUCACCAGGAUUCUGAUGCUGGAAUUCACCAGGAUUCUGAUGCUGGAAUUCACCAGGAUUCUGAUGCUGGAAUUCACCAGGAUUCUGAUGCUGGAAUUCACCAGGAUUCUGAUGCUGGAAUAUACCAGGAUUCUGAUGCUGGAAUUCACCAGGAUUCGGAUGCUGGAAUUCACCAGGAUUCGGAUGCUGGAAUUCACCAGGAUUCCAUUGCUGGAAUUCACCAGGAUUCCAUUGCUGGAAUUCACCAGGAUUCUGCUACUGGAAUUCACCAGGAUUCUGCUACUGGAAUUCACCAGGAUUCUGCUACUGGAAUUCACCAGGAUUCCAUUGCUGGAAUUCACCAGGAUUCCGAUGCUGGAAUUCACCAGGAUUCUGAUGCUGGAAUUCACCAGGAUUCUGAUGAUUCCAAUGCUGGAAUUCACCAGGAUUCUGAUGCUGGAAGUCACCAGGAUUCUGAUGCUGGAAGUCGCCAGGAUUCUGAUGCUGGAAUUCGCCAGGAUUCUGAUGCUGGAAUUCGCCAGGAUUCUGAUGCUGGAAUAUACCAGGAUUCUGAUGCUGGAAUAUACCAGGAUUCUGAUGCUGGAAUUCACCAGGAUUCUGAUGCUGGAAUAUACCAGGAUUCUGAUGCUGGAAUAUACCAGGAUUCUGAUGCUGGAAUAUACCAGGAUUCUGAUGCUGGAAUAUACCAGGAUUCUGAUGCUGGAAUAUACCAGGAUUCUGAUGCUGGAAUUCACCAGGUUUCUGAUGCUGGAAUUCACCAGGUUUCUGAUGCUGGAAUUCACCAGGAUUCUGCUACUGGAAUUCACCAGGAUUUUGAUGCUGGAAUUCACCAGGAUUCCGAUGCUGGAAUUCACCAGGAUUCUGAUGAUUCCAAUGCUGGAAUUCACCAGGAUUUCAAUGCUGGAAUUCACCAGGAUUUUGAUGGUGGAAUUCACCUGGAUUCUGAUGGUGGAAUUCACCAUGAUUCUGAUACUGGAAUUCACCAGGAAUCUGAUACAGGAAUUCACCAGUAUUCUAAUGCUGGAAUUCCCCAGGAUUCUGAUGUUGGAAUUCAACAGGAUUCUGAUGCUAGAAUUCACCAGUUUUCUAAUGCUGUAAUUCAGCAGGAUUCUAAUGCUGUAAUUCAGCAGGAUUCUGAUGCUGGAAUUCAGCAGGAUUUCAAUGCUGGAAUUCAGCAGGAUUUCAAUGCUGGAAUUCAGCAGGAUUUCAAUGCUGGAAUUCAGCAGGAUUUCAAUGCUGGAAUUCAGCAGGAUUCUGAUGCUGGAAUUCACCAGGAUUCUGAUGCUGGAAUUCACCAGGAUUCUGAUGCUGGAAUUCACCAGGAUUCUGAUGAUUCUGAUGCUGGAAUUCACCAGGAUUCUGAUGCUGGAAUUCACCAGGAUUCUGAUGCUGGAAUUCACCAGGAUUCUGAUGCUGGAAUUCACCAGGAUUCUGAUGCUGGAAUUCACCAGGAUUCUGAUGCUGGAAUUCACCAGGAUUCUGAUGCUGGAAUUCACCAGGAUUCUGAUGCUGGAAUUCACCAGGAUUCCAUUGCUCGAAUUCACCAGGAUUCCAUUGCUCGAAUUCAGCAGGAUUCCAUUGCUCGAAUUCAGCAGGAUUCCAUUGCUCGAAUUCAGCAGGAUUCCAUUGCUCGAAUUCAGCAGGAUUCCAUUGCUCGAAUUCAGCAGGAUGCCAUUGCUCGAAUUCAGCAGGAUUCCAUUGCUCGAAUUCAGCAGGAUUCCAUUGCUCGAAUUCAGGAGGAUUCCAUUGCUCGAAUUCAGCAGGAUUCCAUUGCUCGAAUCCAGCAGGAUUCCGAUGCUAUAAUUCAGCAGGAUUCCGAUGCUAAAAUUCAGCAGGAUUCCGAUGCUAGAAUUCAGCAGGAUUCCGAUGCUAGAAUUUGCCAGGAUUCCGAUGCUAGAAUUUGCUAG